UUACAGAUCUGUUAGCAGGGAAAGGACAAGAUUUUUUUCAGUCAUUUGAUAAAGACUGUCCUUAAGUCAUGUUAUAGUUGGGUAAAAUCCAGGACUAUUGUACUUAAUGAAAUCUUCUUUAAAUUCAUUCUGAAACAUGGAAUCAGCUGGAAGUUAACCAGAGCCUCUGAUGACUGCUCUGUAACUGUCUAUGAAAAAAAUGACGUUGACUAUUUGACCGUGAUCUUAUCGUGAUCUUAUCAUAAGUAUCGUGUGAGCAACUGGUUUCAGCAUAUCACCUGUAAAUAAUACAGAGCUGUUGAACUAAUGUACAAAUGCACAGUAUUUACCUUUCACUGUGUUUCCACUGAAAAGGCUGGUGUCAGCAAAGGUCCCCUCAUCUGUGGACAUGUGAUUGAGGACCACAACAAAAGACGAGGUUACUGUGUUUGCUGUUGGCGGGUCUUUUUGUGGAGAGGGACAAUGGACCCUGAGGUGUCUGUGCUGCUGCACUGUGCACACUGGGGAGGGCUGCUGGAGUCUCAAGUACAAGUGGAGCUUUCUGAAAGAUUUAACAGGCAGACGGAUCCAGCUCUGGAGUGUCACAUAGAGGAACUGUGGACGCAGCGCGUGUCCAAGGAGCCAUGGCUUUUCAAUGGGUCCAAAUUCAGGCUCCACUCUUUUUGCUUGGCCUCUACAAAACAACCACCCUCCGCUAAUUCACCACGUGUCCCUUUUUUGGACUGUGCGGGGGACCAGGACACACGAAGACAAAAGGAUUUGUGUGACGCCAACGGGUGCACAAAUCAGACAGAAAAAAAUGGUUUUGGUAAAAUGUCACGUGCUUCCUCCAAUGGAGACACUGCAUCUGAGCAGCCUUCUGGGCCUCUCCUCACUCUGAGACUGGGCCUUACCUGCUACAAGGACUACCUGGGAACAAACUGGUCGUGUCGAGUGGCUGAGCUCCGUCAGCGUGGCGAGGUGGAGCUCGGUGAUCCUCUGGCACUGCUGGCGCAGCCUCUGGGUGUGGGUGGAGUUCUGUGUACACAAGACGGUCAAGUGGUGUUGAUCAGGAGGAGCCAGAGAGUGGCGGAGGCAGGGGGGCUUAUUGACUGUCCCGGGGGCCACCCGGAGCCCAAGGUGGUGUGCGAGCGCCUGGGCCAGGCAGUGUGUGAGGGGCAGAUCAGUGUGACCAUGAUGCAGCAGAGGACGGAGGCUGUCGUCUGCGAACUGUUCUCCUCGGUCUGUGCAGAGAUCAGAGACGAGGUGAAUAUUCCUCUGACCUCCCUUGGAGCACCCGUCCUGAUGGGCGUCGCUCUGAAUCACACCAGCGCUGAAAGACCAAGUGCUGAGUUCUACGUCAGCUGCUCCCUGACGUCUGAUGAAGUAAGAAAGUUGUACUGGAAAGGAGGAGCAGAGGCCCAUGAGUCCACAGACAUCGUCUUCCUCAGCAGAACGGAGGCGCUGCAGCUGGACAGAAGCAGCCCUCUGUGGUCGGAGCUGUGUCCUUCAGCUAAAGGAGCCUUGCUGCUUUAUCAGAUCGUGAAACCUGACGGAGAACCAGAGCAGAGCGGACGAGGCGACGCUGGGCCGAGCGGAACACAAAAUGGAUCCAGAUGAUCAGAUGUUCACAGAGGAAAGAGUUUGAGUAUUUAUUUACUUUAAACACUCAUUUAAUGAAAGUGUGCAAACAGCUGUUUAUUUCCCAUCAUUUGUAAAUUACAUAUAAAGGUUAAGACUGUAAAAAGUGACCAAAACCUGAUUAUCUCUCAUUAGUCCAAACUGGGAGAGCAGCAGAUGUAGCACGUGGUUCAAGAUAAAUGUCACUAGUAGCAUCGUGUUAAUCACAGAUUGUGCGUUUCUUCACCAGUAGCUCUCAUAUCCACUGGAACCAAAGUCUCUGUUGUAGUAGGAGCUCUGGUCCUGAUAAGGUGCGUUCCACUGAAAUGUGAAUAAAAAAUGACAUGAAAUUAAAUCAAAAGUUAAAUACAACUUUAUCUGAUUAAAAAUGUGGUAAAUCUGACCCGACUGCUCAGAGCUACUUGUGUUCACCUCAAACCAGACCGGAAUAAAUAAAAAAAAGAAUUGUAAUUUUUCACACUUCAGUAACGGUCAAUAACAUGGUCAGUCAAAUGAGACGUUACACUUGUUGUAGAGCUGUGACUCUACAACAAUAGCUGAACAUUCAUUUAUCUUAAAGCAAGGUUAAGAAACCUUCAAUGUGUGUGAUAUCUGUUAUGUUUGUUCAUAGUUUAUGGUUGACUUAAUCUGUCUGUUUUGAUUUUAUAUCCUCUUCUAAAAGCACUGAGUUUAGUGCUGGUGCUGGACAACACCUUUUCUAUAAAGACAAUAUUUGUGCAACAUGACACAUCUUAAAAAGUGCCUUACAUGGGAGUGUACUGUAUUAUUAUUUUUCUAGGGACCUUGGAAACUAUAUUGUACUUUCUCUGUUGUUUCAAGUUAAUAAAAACAGAUUAAUGGCACUCACGUA